AUGUGUCCUCUUCCAUCCAUCCCCAUACAAGUGAUCAACAGCGGCGAGCGGUCCUCUGACUUUGUUGCGCUUAUGUAUGUUAAGUCUGAGAACUGCCCCGAGCUACAUCCCAUCAAGACGCUCUCAGCAUACAGUCGACUGCAGGAGAUCGACGUGGGAAUCUACACUCUUAGGCUUCACGAAUUCACACAGGCCAGCAUCGACAUCGUCCUCAUCGGCGAGAAGGCAGUUUUGAACGAGUAA